AUGAGCGCCCUCAACAAGAUCGCGGCGAACAGCCCUUCCCGCGCAAAGCCCUCUGAGCUCGAGAACAACAUCGCCACGGCUCUCUACGAUCUUGAGACCAACACCGCAGACCUGAAGGCUGCUCUCCGACCCCUUCAAUUCGUCUCUGCCCGAGAGAUUGAAGUCGGCCACGGCAGGAAGGCUAUUGUCAUCUUUGUCCCCGUCCCAUCCCUCCAGGGUUUCCACCGUGUGCAGCAACGUCUUACUCGUGAGCUCGAGAAGAAGUUCUCCGACCGCCACGUCCUGAUCCUCGCCUCGCGCCGCAUCCUCCCCCGUCCCAAGCGCAGCAACCGUUCCCGCACCUCGCUCACGCAGAAGCGUCCCCGCUCGCGAACACUGACCGCCGUCCACGACGCCAUCCUGACCGACCUCGUGUACCCGGUCGAGAUCGUCGGCAAGCGUCUGCGCACCAAGGAAGAUGGCAGCAAGAUGCUGAAGGUUGUGCUCGAUGAGAAGGAGAAGGGUGGUGUGGAUCACAGACUCGAUACUUAUUCCGAGGUCUACAAGAAGUUGACUGGGAGAGGUGUUGGCUUUGAAUUCCCGCAAAGUGGUACGGCUGAGUACUAGAUGUUGCAUGGCAUGGCAUGUAGAGGGGAAAAGUUGCGUGCUUCUUUGGGUUUGCGCUGGCUUGGCUCUCUUCGAUAUGGGAAUGCGUAGCUAGGCAUAGAUAGGCUGGCGAAUAUAUCACGGCUUGUCACCACCCUACUCUCUUGAAUUUCAUAGUCUGUGGAGUUUCCAAGUGCAAAAUAAC